UAGCCCGCGGGACGAGUAGGGUUUUGGCUUCGGGCACGCUUUCUAUCCUUGCGCCGCCGCCGCCAUCUUCGCGGAGCGCCGCUUCCCCGUCAGUCUCUUCGAGCAUCAACCAUGGCGGAGCAGACUGAGAAGGCUUUCCUGAAGCAGCCUAAGGUGUUCCUCUGCCCGAAGAAGGCCACCAAGGGGAACAAGCCUGGCAAGGGGGGCAACAGGUUCUGGAAGAACAUUGGCCUUGGUUUCAAGACUCCCAGAGAAGCUAUUGAAGGAACCUACAUUGAUAAGAAAUGCCCGUUCACCGGCACUGUGUCAAUUAGAGGUCGCAUCAUUGCAGGAACUUGCCAUAGUGCUAAAAUGAACAGGACUAUCAUUGUUCGUAGGAACUACCUUCACUUCGUCAAGAAAUACCAGAGGUAUGAGAAGAGGCACUCUAACAUCCCUGCCCACAUUUCCCCCUGCUUCCGUGUUAAGGAAGGAGACCACGUGAUCAUUGGCCAGUGCAGGCCACUGUCCAAGACCGUGAGGUUCAAUGUGCUGAAGGUGAUCCCUGCCGGGUCCAAGAGUGGUGCAGUGAAGAAGGCAUUCACUGCCGCCUGAGAUUCCGAAAGCCACAGAUCAUCAGAUUUUGAUGUCCCAUUCUGUAUUGCUAUUCGAUCUGCACUAGGAUUUUUGACUGAAAAUAUCGUGAGAAAUUAAAGUCAAAGAGCGCUGAAUUCAGCAAUAUUGUUAAGACAAAAAAAAGUUCUGUGAUACUAUGCUGUGAAUGCUUUGUUUCAGUCACAA